AACGUUAAAGCUGCUCUCUCCUCUCUAGUACCCAUUCGGUUACCUAAAAAACAAAGGAAAAAAAAAACAGAAAUGAAGAAUCUUUGUGGCAAUUUGGAUGCUAAAGCUGCAAUUCCAGUUAAACUUGGAAAACCAAGUUCAGUAGUUUUGUUUCCUCGCAGGUCACGGUUCCCAACACGAGCAUGCCACAGGAAGGUGUCGGUGUCGGUGUCGGUGUCGGCUGAGGAGGCCAGGUUGAAGGUGCAGUGUUGUAGGCAAGGAGGGUGGAUUGAAUCUGCUGCAAAAAGUGCUUUUGGAUUUGGCGUUUCGGCUUCUUUCUUCUUCUCUGUUUUCUGCCACUCGCCGCCGGCUCUCGCCGAGUCCCUCACCGUCGCUUUUCCUGUUUCACGGGCACCUGAGGUAAAUGCAGUUCAAAGAACUCUUGUGGAAGCAUGGGGUUUGAUUCGAGAAACAUUUGUUGAUCCUACAUUUAAUCAUCAAGAUUGGGAUUUGAAGUUGCAGCAAACAAUGGUAGAAAUGUUUCCCCUGAACUCAGCUGAUGCAGCAUACACAAAAAUCAGUGGAAUGCUUUCUACCCUUGGUGAUCCUUUCACUCGAAUUAUCAGUCCAAAGGAAUACCAAGGAUUUAGAAUUGGAAGUGAUGGGAGCUUACAAGGAGUGGGCCUGUUCAUAAAUGUUGAACCAAGAACGGGACAUUUGGUUGUUUUGUCAUGCAUAGAAGGAAGUCCAGCUGCUCGUGCUGGUAUACAUCAAGGAGAUGAACUGGUUGAGAUAAAUGGUGAAAGGCUUGAUGGCAUUGAUAGUGAAGGUGCAGCACAGAGGCUUAGAGGGAAUGCUGGAACAAUUGUUACAGUAAAGGUCAAAGACUCUGGGAAAAUCUCUUAUAUCCGAGAGGUCAAACUUCCAAGGGAGUAUAUCAAGCUCUCUCCAAUAUCCAAAGCCAUCAUCCCUCAUAGAUCCCCAGAUGGUGAGCUGACAAAAACUGGUUAUGUAAAAUUGUCAGCAUUCUCUCAGACUGCUGCUGAAGACAUGAAGAAUGCUAUUCAAGAAAUGGAAAAUCAAGGAGUACACUCAUAUAUUCUUGAUCUACGGAACAAUCCUGGUGGUUUGGUAAAAGCUGGCCUUGAUGUUGCCCAGAUGUGGUUAGAUGGAGAUGAGACUCUGGUGAACACAAUUGAUAGAAACGGGAACAUGCUACCAAUUAAUAUGAUCGAUGGACAUGCUAUAACACAUGAUCCACUUGUGGUUAUUGUCAAUGAGGGAAGUGCAAGUGCCAGCGAGAUUUUAGCUGGGGCAUUACAUGAUAAUGGUCGAGCUAUUUUGGUGGGGCACAAAACAUUUGGUAAAGGAAAAAUUCAGAGUGUCACUGAGCUUCAUGAUGGUUCAGCCCUCUUUGUUACAGUAGCAAAAUAUCUAUCACCAGCCCUUCAUGACAUAGAUCAGGUUGGGAUAACACCAGAUGUGCAAUGCACAACAGAAAUGCUUAAUUCACCUAAGGAGCUUUCAACCAAAGAUAAGACCUCAGUCUCAUCUCUGGAAGCAGAUUCUUGUAUUAUGGUAGCAGAACACGAGUUGGAUAUGGAGGAGUCCAAGGGAACUGCUUCUUGAACAUUGCACUGUUUUUAUUCCAUUUUCUUUUCAAAGUUACCAGUUGAAAGGAACGUUGUCUGAGUUCUUCUGUGUCAGCCAAUACAUCAAUUUGUACAAUGUAUCAUUGUGAUCACUAGUUAUCACUUGUACACAAAAUAGAGAAAAACCGAUUGUAUAUACCAUUCAAUAGCAUAAUAGAAAGUUUACUUCCAAGUUGAAGGACAAUAACUUACCCAGUUAUUGUACUUUA